GGGCUUCUGGCUGGGGGACGGUCUUCACAGCCAACAGCUCGUCUUCUCCAUUGUCCUGAAUGAGACACGGGCGCCGCUUCAAACCUAUGUAGACGAGAUGAAUGCUCGCCGUCCCGUCGACAGGAAUCCCCUCGACCUAGUGAUCACACCCAGCCUGAUACCGUACGAUCACCCACUCAGUACCAAUGAAAAGUGCUGGAGCCUCCGCGUCUCCGGCACACACACAGGGAGACGAGCGACCGCACCACUGGGAUGAGCUGGCGGAUGGACUGCGAGAGCAGGGCGUCUACGAUAAUCACGAAGGAAAUGGUAUACCCCAGAGGUACCUGAACGGCAGCGAGGCAACGAGGGCGGCAGUGCUGGCCGGGCUCUUGGAUGCAGACGGAUGGCUGGUGAACGGUGGCACCCCGUACGAAUUUGCCCAAUCCGUCGACCUGAAGAUCAUAGAGAACACGCCCGCGAGCUUGCGAUCGGCCUCGGGAUCAAGGUGGGACACACUUGCCAUCGGCGGCGGCGCAACCCCGAGUCGCGCACAGGAGUCCUCGAAAUGCGGAUCAUACAGUUGCAGGGGCCCAAUUUGGCCAAACUGCAAUCUUGUAUUGCAUUCGACCGCAAGAGAGUCCGUUCAGAGUGAAUUGAGGCUGAGAUGAGGCCAAUUGGCGUGGAGCAGUUGGACCUCGCGCCAAGGGGGCGGCACAUCCGCCGCCUGGGGACUGAAGCCGUUGAGCUCCAGCUAGCAAAUGUUAACAUCGCCUA